AUGGAUCCUGCUGUGAUGCUGCACGACCAGCCUGUCCCUAAAAGAGGGGGGCCUUGGAAGGAUAUCUGUCAGCUACAUAUCUGCGAAUUGCGGUUGAGAGAAAAGAUGAUCAGCGGGUUGUUGAUGGACCUCGGGAACGGCAGAAAAAUCCAAUUUUGGGAGGAUAGCUGGCUACCUAAUGGGGUAUUGAAAGAUUUGUUUCCUAGACUCUACUCGGUUUCAACCCUUAAUGGUUCAGUGUCAAGCCCACAGCUGAGAGAGGAUAGCGUGGUGUGGAAAUUUGAUAGAACAGGUGUUUAUUCAACUAAGUCCUUUCCCCAGGCGCUGCAUGCGGAAGUUCUACCGGAGGAAGUCACAAGCUAUAGCUUCACGAGUGAUGUUUGGAAAGGGUUCAUCCCCCCGAGGAUUGAGCUUUUGUCCUGGUUUGUGUUGAUCGGAAGGGUGAAUACUAAGGACCGGCUGGGUAGACUACAUGUCAUUGAUCAGAAUGACACUUUGUGUGUGCUAUGUUGUAAGUCUGAGGAAACUGCCUUUCAUCUGUUUAUUGGUUGUGAGAUUAGAUGGCAGGUGUGGUGUGCUUGGCUAUUUGCCUUUGGAAGGAGUUGUUGUUUGCCAGGUACUCUAAAGGACCACAUUGAAAGCUGGACGACCUCAGUAGCAAGGAAGGUAGAUCGAAAGCGGUGGUUCAUUGAGUUCUUUGCUGUUGUCUGGACAAUCUGGUUAGAAAGGAAUAGCAGGCUAUUCCGAAAUUAA